AUGUACAAGACCUAUGCCACCAAGGAUGGAUUACCUCCUGCCCUCGCACAGAAUAAGCUUGUAAACCUUAUUCCAAAUCAAAACAUCACAAUCAUCCCAGAGUUCGUCCUCGAAUCAGGUGUCAAGAUAACAAACGUACCCGUCGCUUGGAAGUCUUUUGGAAAACUCAAUGAUCAAGGCGACAAUUGUAUGGUCAUUUGCCAUGCUCUCACUGGUAGCACAGACGUUGAAGACUGGUGGGGUGCACUUAUGGGUCCUCGACGAGCCUUUGAUCCAACCAAGUUCUUUAUUGUAUGUUGCAACGUAUUGGGAUCGCCCUAUGGAUCAGCAUCACCUUUGACGAUUAAUCCUGAAACGGGUGAACGAUAUGGCCCCGAGUUUCCACUUGUGAGUGUGCGAGAUGAUGUCAAGUUGCAUCGCAUGGUGCUGGAUCAAUUGGGUGUGAAAGAGAUUGCCUUUUGUAUUGGAGGAUCGAUGGGUGGUAUGCAAGUGCUUGAAUGGGCAUUCAUGGGCAAGGAUUAUGUGAAGGCCAUUGUUCCUAUUGCCACUUCGGGUCGUCAUUCCGCUUGGGGUAUCAGCUGGGGUGAGGCACAGCGUCAAUCCAUUUACAGUGACCCUGAUUAUGCGGAUGGCUAUUAUCCUGAUGACAAACCUCCCAAUGUUGGCUUAUCAGCAGCACGUAUGUCGGCUCUAUUGACUUAUCGAUCUCGGAAUUCAUUCGAAUCACGAUUCGGUCGUAAAGCAGCCGAUUCCAACCGCAUUGAUCCACCUCGACGUCCUUCCUCUCCUCGUGAAGCCAACAUGCUUAUUCAUAAUGAUGGACAUAAGAAUGCCAAGGGAUCGAAUGGUACAACAACGAAGGCUGAGGAAGCGAAUGGCAACAACACUCAACCAAAGACCGAGCAUGUUACAAUCAAUGACCCACCCAUGCCUACACCACGUGUCUUUUCAGCACAGUCGUACCUGCGUUACCAGGGCCAGAAAUUCAUUAGCCGUUUUGAUGCCAACUGCUACAUUGCGUUGACUCGCAAGAUGGAUUCGCAUGACAUCUCCAGAGAUCGUGGCGACUUUUUUGAAGUAUUGCAAAGCAUUCAGCAACCGGCUGUUGUCAUUGGUAUCGAAUCGGAUGGUCUAUUCACGAUUUCGGAACAAUACGAGCUUGCCGAUACUAUGCCGAAUGCUGAAAUGGUGGUCAUCCAAUCGCCCGACGGCCACGAUGGUUUCUUGCUCGAGUUUGAUCAGCUCAAUCGACAUUUAUUGGCAUUCAUCAAGCGCAUUGCUCCAGAGAUUUAUGACACCAAUUUGAUCAGCGAAGAAGAAGCUCAAGAGACUUUGAAAGCUACCAAGGCCAGUCUUUUUGGUGAAGCUGAAGAUAUCACUGAAUGGUAA